AUGAUUAUUGAUAGAUUUUGGGCCGAGCUAUUUCGGCUUUCAUCGAAUCGAACCCAAUGGAAUAUCCUUUAUCCGUCAUUGCUAUCCAUUACGGUUGAUGAGAUGCCAUCCCGGAAACAUGAUGUCAAUUGUAAAGCUAUUCGGCUGCUUGUCAAAAAUGAAUCCGGAAUUGUUAUUGAACAAAUUCUUGAUGCAUCAAAUCGUAUCACACGUGUAUCGUCCUGUUUUGCUUACUGGCACCAUCACGGUGAAACAUACGGAAUUAAUGUAGUUUCGGCUGAUGAUUGUGAUCGAUUCUACAGAUUGAUCAAAAGUUAUUAUGAAACGUCAAAUUGCACUUUACGUGAUAUCAAUCCCACGUCAUCGACGUCAUCAUCUGUUCAGGCAAUUGUCAUUCCGGCUUAUAUAACGCAAAUUUUUGACAUUGAUAAAGGUAUCAUCAACAAUCGCAAUGGUUCAUUUAUGGAAUGCAUAAUUAAGCUUACCCAAAACGGAGCUUCAAUUCGUUUUAAAGGCAUGGAUUUCUCACUUAAUUUGGCACGAUAUUAA